CUGAGCAUCGAGCAGGCCCACGUGGCAGAACAGGUGGAGAUGAAGGCGAAGGUGGUACAGUCGGAGGUCAAGGCGGUGACUGCCAGGCAUAAGAAGGCCCUGGAGGAGCGGGAGUGCGAGCUGCUGUGGAAGGUAGAAAAGAUCCGCCAGGUGAAGGCCAAGUCUCUGUAUCUGCAGGUGGAGAAGCUGCGGCAAAAUCUCAACAAGCUGGAGAGCACCAUCAGUGCUGUUCAGCAGGUGCUGGAGGAGGGUAGAGCCCUGGAUAUACUGCUGGCCAGAGACCGCAUGCUGGCCCAGGUCCAGGAGCUGAAGACCGUGCGGAGCCUCCUGCAGCCCCAGGAAGAUGAUCGGGUCAUGUUCACACCCCCUGACCAGGCACUGUACCUCGCCAUCAAGUCCUUUGGCUUCGUCAGCAGUGGGGCUUUUGCACCACUCACUAAGGCCACUGGUGAUGGCCUCAAACGGGCUCUCCAGGGUAAGGUAGCCUCCUUCACGGUCAUUGGCUAUGACCAUGAUGGGGAACCUCGCCUCUCGGGAGGUGACCUAAUGUCAGCUGUGGUCCUGGGUCCCGAUGGCAACCUGUUUGGUGCAGAAGUGAGUGAUCAGCAGAACGGGACUUACGUGGUGAGCUACCGGCCCCAGCUGGAGGGUGAGCACCUGGUGUCGGUGACCCUGUGCAACCAGCAUAUCGAGAACAGCCCCUUUAAAGUGGUGGUCAAGUCUGGCCGCAGCUACGUGGGCAUCGGGCUCCCGGGCCUGAGCUUUGGUAGUGAGGGUGACAGUGACGGCAAGCUCUGCCGCCCUUGGGGCGUGAGUGUAGACAAGGAAGGCUACAUCAUUGUGGCCGACCGUAGCAAUAACCGCAUCCAGGUGUUCAAGCCCUGUGGCUCCUUCCACCACAAAUUUGGCACUCUGGGCUCCCGGCCUGGGCAGUUUGACCGACCAGCUGGGGUAGCCUGUGAUGCCUCACGAAGGAUCGUGGUGGCUGACAAGGACAAUCAUCGCAUCCAGAUCUUCACCUUUGAGGGUCAGUUCCUCCUCAAGUUUGGUGAGAAGGGAACCAAAAACGGGCAGUUCAACUACCCUUGGGAUGUUGCAGUGAAUUCUGAGGGGAAGAUCCUGGUCUCGGACACUCGGAACCACCGCAUCCAGCUGUUUGGGCCUGAUGGGGUAUUCCUGAAUAAGUACGGCUUCGAGGGGGCUCUCUGGAAGCACUUUGACUCCCCACGGGGCGUGGCCUUUAACCACGAGGGUCACUUGGUGGUCACCGACUUCAACAACCACCGGCUCCUGGUCAUCCACCCCGACUGCCAGUCUGCACGCUUCCUGGGCUCAGAAGGCACCGGCAAUGGGCAGUUUCUGCGCCCACAGGGUGUGGCUGUGGACCAGGAAGGGCGCAUCAUUGUGGCUGAUUCCAGAAACCACAGGGUGCAGAUGUUUGAGGCCAAUGGCAGCUUCCUGUGCAAGUUUGGUGCUCAGGGCAGUGGCUUUGGGCAGAUGGACCGCCCUUCUGGCAUUGCAGUCACUCCCGAUGGCAUGAUUGUCGUGGUGGACUUUGGCAACAAUCGAAUCCUCAUCUUCUAA